UUUUCGUUGAGUUAAUUUGAUCAAAAUGGCGUCAACACAGGUUUCUACGGAAAUUGAAAAUAAGAACUAUUUAGGAAUCCCCAAAGCUGUAUUUCUGGAGGAUGUGGACAGUUACAUGAAAAACUCUGAUGAGAAUGCAGAGGCAGCUCUGAAGAAGCUCGAUGAGCUCCACAACAAGUACAAGUACAUGGAGCUCAACCUGAACACAAAGAAAGAGAGACUGAAGGCACAGAUACCAGAUAUAACUAAAUCCCUAGACAUUAUAUCCCAUUUGCAAAAUAAAAAGACUUCCAGUGAGGCUAUGGAGACAAGGUUUCUGCUGUCAGAUCAGGUGUACGCCAAGGCCCGGGUUCCACCCACUGACAAAGUCUGCCUAUGGCUUGGAGCCAACAUCAUGCUAGAGUACAAUCUUGAUGAUGCGGAGGCAUUAUUACGGAAAAACCAGGCGGCUGCAGGCGAGAGCUUGAAACAGGUAGAGGAACAACUUAGUUACAUCACGGAGCAGACAACAACUCUUGAAGUCAACAUGGCUCGUGUUUAUAAUUAUGAUGUUAAAAAGCGUCGGCAAACGGAACAGAAGUCGUAGUAGGGAAAGGUUGUAGGUUACCCCGGUUGUUCAGGCAUUACAUCCUGUGAGGUCUGCACAAUUGCUGACCCAAUCAUCCAUCAGACCCAUCCAGCCCUCGUUCUCUCUCUGGACUGCAUUGUGCUUUAAACAUGUUGAACAAUGUAUUUAUGAUUUGUGACUUUUGUUUUGUACCUUACUUAUUAUUCACGUUAUAUUAAGAACAAAGAUUUACUAUAUGGCAUGCACUUGAGCUUAUGUUGACAAAUAUUUCCCACAUUAUCAUGCUUAAUAGGCCAAUUUUACAGUAAGCUACAUGUAGCUGGAGUCUAUUUUGUCCAACAUUUUUAUUGUGUCAUUGCUGAAAUGUAGCAUUUUAUUCAAAUAUAUAAAAAGAUAUAAUAUAUAAUUUCUACGUCUUGUUCAGGUAAAACAACAUAACAUGCGUUCUUAUUGCUUUUGUUUUCAAAAUGAAUACUUAAGGCCACAUGAAUACUUAAGACCACGCCAAAUCGAUGUUUUGUUUGACCAAUUGGCUGAAAGAAAUAGGAGUGAGUGACCAAUAUAAACCAUUUUAUUAUUUAGUUCCAAAACUGAAUCUGAAGAAAGGACGUCCAUUUUUUAUAUGGUCUUCAUAUUUAGAAUCACAAUCUUGAAUAAUUAUCCUUUUUUCUACCUUCUAAAUGUAAUUCGAAAGAUUACUCAUUAUAUCCAACUGUUUCAGCCCUCUCAGUAUUGCCAGAGACAUGCAUUUUGCGAUGUUUGAAAAAACAUCAUUGAAAAAAGCCUCAUGACAUUAUAGUGUGUCAAAAUAUGACAUCGGACUGAAUUUUGUUUAGUCUUUUUCAGGUAAAUUAAAUAGUGGUUGCUUUAAAAAACACUUUCAUUUUCUCAAAACGUGUGGGUUAAAUCUUUCAAAUGAAACAUCAGAUAAGCGUGGCCUUAGUUCUGCAAAAGAUGAAUCUUUCCGGAAUAUCAGUCCCCAAUAUUAGUGUAUGGCAAUACAGUUUGCAUGAUUACGUAUAACAUUCAUGACUGGAUAAAACUAAACUGUCAGUGUAAAAUAAAAAAAAGUAUGAACUUUA